UUAUUCUCUCUUACCUUCAUAUAAAAACAUAAGUGGCCACCACUUACUUCCCAUGUAAAUUCCCUUUUCUGAUUCUUUCUUUCCUUUUUUGGCGGCCAAGUUGUCGUUAAGGCCUCACUUUUCAACCGCACUUAAAAGAGUUGAAAGAUUGAAAAGUUGGAAAAGAAGGAAAAAAAGAGAAAAGCAAAAGUUAAGUUUCACCUUUGUUGUUUAGAGGAUAGGGAGUUUUUGUUUGGUUUGGUUAGUGUGCUGAUUGAUUCUCUGAGAGAAGAUAACAUUGCUGAACAGUUACAGGUCUCUCCAUACUAGAAGAAUUUGGAUAGUUUCUAACCAAUGGCUUUGAGAGCAUAAAGGGAUCAACCAUAUCAGAAUAUGACCUCGGGGGAGAAGGGGAUCUCUUUAAAGCCCCUCAACCAAUUCUUGAACAACCAUUGAUGGGCCUUGAUCCUAUGACUUCUGCUAUUUCUAUGAUUUCGUGUUCAGAAGAUGCCAUUUCCCCCCAAGGACUCAAAGUUUCUGAUCUAGAAACUUCAUUUGAGAAUGAACAACUCCUGAGUGAAGUUUUCUAUGAAUGCAAAAAAGAUCUAUUUGAAAAAGAUGCGCUCUCUGAGGUCUUGGACAUGAAAAUUCCUAUUGUGAAGGCUGAUGGAAGCCUUACUGCAGAUGAAAACUUGGUUUCUGAGGGAUCCUUCCAGAAAAGUAUUAGUUCAGGGUGUCUUAGCUCCAUGGAGUGGAUACAUGGGGCUCCAAUGAGGCCAAAUUUUAUAGAUUUUGGUGGAAUGGACUUCGGAGCUGUUUAUGGUAUGCGACGAUCAUUCAGUGAAGGGGACAUAAAGAGUCUGGGCAAUGGCAACAUAAAUGUGAUCCAUUCUCCACGGGGUCAACCACAGAUUAGCGGAACUUCCACUUCUGAUGUUCGCAAGGAACAGCUCUCCAGAUACCGGAACAAGAAGAACAAGAGGAAUUUUGGCAGAAAAAUCAAGUAUGCUUGCAGGAAGGCGUUGGCUGAUAGUCAACCAAGGAUCCGUGGAAGGUUUGCAAAAACUGAAGAAAUGGAUAUAUCGAAGAAGCAUUAACUGUUAACAGUGGAAGAAAUAUAUAGUAAUGGGACUGCUGAUAUUAGCUUUAGAAUAGGAUCUGCUCAAAUAAGCUGGGGAUCCAUCCAACAUGUUGCAAGUUUGUUAAAUCUUUGGGUAGUGGCAAUAAUCUUUGUAGAUUAGACAAACCAACUAGUCUUGUAUAUAGUGUUUGUUAAAUAAAACUCAGUAACUUGUUAUUAUUAAUGCUGCUUUCCUUCCAUUAAA